AACAUGUGCCGAUGCUGUUAAUGCUGUCGAGCCCAGCACAGCCAAGUGCCCCACUCUUAAACCCGUCGCCACCUGGAAUCACUUCUUCCCACGUCAUACCUCGGAAUGCGUCUCCCACCCAUCCUUGACUCUGCUUGCCUUCCGCACUCCUCGAACUUCCUCCCCAAACCUCCUCUUCGAUGCCACCUACCCACGCCCAAGUAAAAGCACUACACGAAGCCACGCGCGCCGCGGCCUCGACCUUCUCCUCGUACAAUUUCCGCCAAUACUUCCUGCGCCGCGCCGACGAAGUCUUCGCGCCCGCGCUCGCCGCGCUCGGCGACACGCCGCCGGCCGCCGCCCUCGCGGCCGCAAAAGCGGCCGGGCGCGCGCCGAACGAGAUGACGCCCGAGGGCCUGACGGCGUUCGUGGAGGAGCGCGAGGAAGCGCUCGCGGCCAUCAAGCGCGCCGGGGUCACGAAUGCGAUGUAUGGCGGCGGCGUCAAGCUCGUCGUGGAGAUGCCGGAGGAUACGCAUCGGUCGUGAAGGAGCUCGUGAUUCGAACGAGGGCGGAAAGAGGAGUUAAGAAGAAGGAAGGACGGAUGUACGAUGGUAUGGGUCCACGCAGAUUGAUUGCACUUGCAGUCGGGCCGCGCGAUCGCGCGAUUGCAUGACUUAUGAU